GACAAACCUCAUCAAUUCUGAAAUGAUUUGGCUGGCUAAGUCUAGUCAUUUAGUACUUUACGUCUUAAUUAAGCUGGGCUUGCUUUUGCACUGUAUCUUCCCCUUUGAAUAUUGCUUCUUCAUGUAUUCCAUUGUGUUUGGAUUCAUUUGUUACGUUGUGCCAAGAAAUACCAUAUAUCAAAUAUAAUUUUCUACCAUGGGCCAGCAACCGAGCUGCAGCAUUUUUAAAUUUGGUUAAGCUUAACAAAGCACUUGCUGAUGCUGAGACAACAAUCUCAUUGAAUCCCCAGUGGGAAAAGGUGAAUUUAUCUUCUUCUUUCUCCCCCUUUUGUCUCUUCUCUCAGGGAACAAUUUCUACCCUAGUCUUACUCUGUAGGAUAUUUAGAAGCUCCUCCUUGAACUUAUUUUGGUACAUCUCCAGGGAUAUUUCAGAAAAGCAUGUGUAUUAGAGGCCAUGGAACAAUAUGAUGAUGCCUUAGCUGCCUUCCAAACAGCUCUGCAAUACAAUCCCCAAAGUAAAGAAGUAUCAAGAAAGAUCAAGAGGCUUUCUCAGUUGGCAAAAGACAAAAAACGAGCACAAGAAGUGCAAAACUUGAGAUCCAAUGUAGAUAUGGCAAAAAACUUGGAGUCAGUGAAAUCUGAGAUGUCUGCAAAGUAUGGAGCUGAAGAUUCUUGUAGAGAAAUCUUUUCUUUCCUUGUUGAGACAAUGGAAACGGCUGUAAAAUCAUGGCAUGAAACUUCAAAGGUGGAUCCUAGAGUGUAUUUCCUUCUUGACAAGGAAAAGACACAGACUGAUAAAUAUGCCCCUGUAGUCAAUAUCGAUAAGGCCUUUGAGUCUCCCCACACACAUGGCAGCUGCUUUUCAUUUCUUAGGCAGUAUGCAGAGGAUUCUUUCUCUAGAGCAGCUUGCUUAGUCACACCCAAAAGUAUCAUAUCUUAUCCACAGGUCUGGAAAGGUCAAGGCUCUAGGAAGUGGAAACAUGGGCAACAUGAUGGCUUCUUUGUGCAAUUUGAGUUGCCUUCCCUGCGAAAACUAUGGUUCAUUCCAAGUUCCUAUGAAAAGGGGCAAACCUUGUGCAGGGAUCCUGAGUCUCUGGACAUUAGUGCCCAUGAAGUGCUCCCGUGCUUGUUCAAGCAAAAGCUCUCCAAUUCUUAGUAUGAUUUAGCUUCACUUGUAGCUCAUUUGAAGAAAGCCCUUGGCACAGUGGCAAACUACAAGGGAAGGUUCAUCUAUUCAAAAAAAAAAAAAAAAAAAAAAAGAGAAAAAAACGAAAAGAAAAAGAAGAAAAAGACAAUUCCAAGUGCCUAUAUCAUGCUCUGAGUUUGGAUACAGGUUCCUUGGAUGUCAAGAAAACUUGCAACAAGGUGCUUUCUAAUCUAUAGCAUUCAUGUCCUCAGUUUUGAAACCAAGGAACUUUUCAGGCAUUUUUUUGUAAAUCUUUGUUUUUCUUUGAUUCAGUAAUUUAAUAGUUUUUGCCUUGUGGCCAAUAUUUGCCUUAUGUUGUGUGUUGGAAUUGGAGCUAGCUGGUUUUAGGUAUGCUGUCUAAUGUUGCAACUCUUUAGAAAAGCUCUAGGAAACGACAAUUGUGGUCUGUAUCAUAAUUUAUGCCCAAUUUUUUUACUUGCAGCUUUCUCAUUCAUUGGGGCUUGUUUUCUAAUUUAGUAAUUCAUAGCAAUCAUGUUCUCAGUUCUAUUAUACUUUUUUCUAAAUUGAUCUUGUUUGACUUUUGUACUCUUUAAGUAUUUUAUUGUCUUGUUUGAUCAUUCUAAACUAUGAUUUUUAUUUGUUAAGACUUGAUAAUAUUGUUUUUUAUAAUUUUUGAUAGUUUUUAUAAACUCUUAGGUCAUUUUAUGCCUUUUAUUAUUAGAUUUGUCUCUUACUUUAAUUGUUAGAUUUAUAUUUUUAUUUUUUUAUUAAAUGCCUGCUAUUUGU